AUGUCGAUUCGCCGCCUGCCGCCAUUGCUAUUCCCAGCUACGGCACGACACACAGCAACCGUGAUAUUCGUGCACGGGUUAGGCGACACAGGCCAUGGAUGGAGUGACGCCGUAGAGAACUGGCGGAGGCGUCAGCGGCUCGAGGAGGUCAAGUUCAUCUUGCCCCAUGCGCCCACCAUCCCCAUCACCUGUAACUGGGGAAUGCGGAUGCCAGGGUGGUAUGACAUUGUCUCCCUCGACGGCAAUUCGGAGGCGCUCCGCCAGAACGAGGACGAGGCAGGCAUCAUGCUGAGCCAGGCCUACUUCCACGGCCUGAUCCAGCAGGAGAUCGAUUCGGGCAUCCCCGCUGACCGCAUCGUCCUCGGCGGCUUCAGCCAGGGCGGCGCCGUUUCGAUCUUCAGUGGCUUGACGGCCAAGUGGAAGCUCGCCGGCAUCGCUGCCCUGUCGUCAUACUUGCUGCUCAGCUCAAAGUUUUCCGAGCUGGUGCCCCAGCCUGAGUUCAACAAGGAGACUCCGGUUGCCAUGUUCCACGGCGAUUCGGACCCUGUCGUGAAAACAGAGCUUGGACAGCUGUCGUACAAAAUGCUGAAGGCACAGGGGUACAACGUCUCACUGAAAUUAUAUCCUAAUAUGGGCCACUCUGCCUGUCCAGAGGAGUUGGAUGACGUGGAAGCUUUCUUGACAGAGAGGUUGCCGGCGUUGGGCGGGGAGCAGGAGAAGUCGGAGCUGUGA